AUGGUUUCUCUUCCGAGCACGUUCGGGGAGCUAGCUGAGUAUGUUUUUCAGGAACUACCUAGAGGACAACGCGUUGACUUUGUAACAGACUCAUAUCAUUCCCGUUCGAUAAAAGGAUUGGAACGAUCAAGACGAGGUUCUUUACAAGCACAUCUAGUGAAAAGACCUUCUACUUAAGUUCCUCGCGAGUCGAAAAAGUUAUUGUGUAAUGAAGAAAACAAAAGGCGCUUGUGCAGCUUCCUCUUAGAGGAGUGGAAAAAGGGAAAAUAUGCUCCGAAGCUGCAGGGAAAGCAUUUAGUUUUCGUUGAGAGGAAAUGCAUCAGCUUAAAAAGUAUCGAUGGAAAGAAUGUAGUUACAGAGGAAGUUGAGAAGUUGUGCUCUUCACACGAGGAGGCCGAUACCAGAAUGAUCUUGCAUUGUAAUGAUGUUGCUGCAAAUUCGGGAGAAUGCUCGGUUAGACUAGUGGGAUCCCCUGAUACCGACGUGUUCAUUUUACUCCUAAGAUUUGUACGUCAUAUAAACCAGACAGUGCUGUUUGACACUGGAACGGGUGACAAGCGCCGACUUGUAAAUGUUCAAGCUGUUGCUAAAGAUCUCGGAGAUGAGAUUAACCUGGCUCUUGUAGAUCUGCACGCAUUUACUUUUUGCGAUACGAACAGUGCUUUUGUGAGAAGAGGGAAAGUGAAGCCGCUCACACUCCUCAAAAAACAUCCUGAGUUUCUUUCAUGCUCUAGGAUCGAGAGUUGGCAUAAAAGACAGAGUAUUUAA